AUAAUUAGUCCGAUUGAAAUAGUGGUUGGUAAGUGAAGUAGAGUGAAUCCUCGCGCAUCAUGGAUCAAAGCAGCAUGGAACUGGUGGCCAGGACCUCGUUGACGUCCCUUAAGGUCGACGCGGCUCGCAUCGUCUCGGCAAACAACCUCGAUGACUGGACGUGGACCAGCCUGAGGAAACAAUUCAAGUACAAGAAUUUGGAAAAACUCUAUCUAACCUACCAAAGAAGACUACAAAAUGGAUAUUUGUCCCUCUUCAUUAUACUCCACGGAAUCCUGAUCGUAGUUCACUCGGCCGUACUGGUCACAAUGGGUAGCUUGGAAGGUGCGCUACCCGAUGUAAUCACUUACAGUGUGAUCGGGGUGCUUCUCUGCCCUUUGAUCACGCUAUCCUGCAGGACAAAAUUCAUCGCAAAGGACCCCUGCGUACCUGUUUUACUAUCAUGCCUGACGGUUGCUCUACUCGUCAUAGGCGACGUUGCGAUGCCCAUUUACCGCGCCGCGAGCCAAGGCAACAAUACUCCGGCGGUAAGGCCGGCAUACGCGACCCACACACUUUUGGCCUGUUACGUUUUCCUACCGUUGACGGAAAAUCUGCACGCUUUUCUUCUCGGCGUGACGGCAACCCUGUGUCACCUGGCCAGCCUGGCACUGGUCACAUACAGAGACGAGAGGUAUCUAGUUGGCAAGUUGGUACCGGACGCGAUUUACUUCAUAUGCGUAAACGGGCUUGGACUCUAUUUCCGUUUCAUGAACGAGGUCAUAAUCAGAAGGUCGUUCCUUGACAGGCGGAAAUGCGUCGAAUCAACGUUGAAGCUUAACUAUGAGAAAGAACAAGAGGAACAACUAACGCGGAGUAUAUUGCCGCAGCACAUUGCGGCGCAGAUAAAAAAGGACUUCAGGAACAUAUUCAAGUUCAUGGAAGAGCACAACACGAUAAAACAGAAGACACCCUACAAUGAUCUCUACGUGGAAACGCACAAGAACGUUAGCAUCUUGUACGCAGACGUUGUAAAUUUUUCCGGUCUGACGGUAACCCUGCCAGUUCAAAAGCUCGUCGAAACUUUAAACGAUCUUUUCGGUAGCUUUGACGAGGCGUCGGAAAAACACAACGUCCUACGUAUCAAGUUCCUUGGAGAUUGUUACUACUGCGUGAGCGGUGUUCCAAACCCAAACGCACACCAUGCAAAAAGCUGCGUCGACCUUGGUCUGGACAUGAUCCAGAUAAUCCGAAAGGUUCGAGAAUUGCGAGGUCUUGACGUGGACAUGAGAAUCGGAGUUCACUCGGGCACGAUAAUAUCGGGUAUAAUCGGUGCCAACAAAUGGCAGUACGACGUGUGGUCCCGUGACGUAGUGAUAGCGAAUAAAAUGGAGCAAACCGGAAGAGCUGGAAAGGUCCACGUGACGCAACAGACCCUGAACCUCCUGGACGUCAAUCAGUACAAUUGUACGCCGGUGGAAUCGGUCAACAACGAAACCCUCAACAAGUACAAGAUCAAAACGUACCUCCUGACACCGUCUCCGUCACCUCUCCACAUUUCCCAUGAUCGAGAUUCGUUUGAGAACAGCGAGAACCUCUUGACACCGGAUGGGACAGAGUCCAGAGUCUACCUUAAGGCCCGAAGAUCAAGCGCAAGACCCAGCAUCUCGUUUUCCGCGAAAAGCAAAAGCCGAAAUCCACCUGUCGCCAAUGGACACGCCGAUGUUACCGUCGGCACGUUUCGGAGACGAACAGCCUUCAUGGGAACGAAUUUACGACAGUAUCAGCAAAUGCUGAAGACAGCUGACGCUCACAUGGAAACUGCGAUACAACAGAUGCCGCUGAGUAAAUUCGAACUGUAUUCCAGGCAAUGGUUCAAAGCUGAGCACCUGAACCCGUUUUUCCUAACGUUCCAUGACUUGACCUGGGAGUUACCGUUCAUGCAAGAGUCCGACCCGCUAUUCAAAUUCUACGUGAGCUGUGCCGGAUUGGUUUUGGUCUGCAUGGGUUUCAUGACCUUAAUGCCGAGUCUAACGCAGUCAGCAUGGCACGUAAGCACGGGAAUCGCUUACGGAAUAGCUAUGGCGUUCCUAGUCUUGUUAUUGCCUUUCACGUGGCUCCAUUACGCAUGGACAAGGUGGAAGGACCCUCACGAAGAACAGGAGGGUCACGUUCCCCAGCCGGAGAAUAAAGUACUGCUAUUUAUGUACCAGACAAGCGUCAAGGUUGUCUGGAGCGCACUUUUACGAACCUGUCUCUACCUGGUGAUCACAAUUCUAUUGGCAGCCUGUGCCAUGGUCGACAUGGUGGUGGAAUGCGACAACGUGGAUUACCUCGCCCUGAACAACCUUACUUCAAGCAUAACAGCGAUCGGUGCAUCUGAGGUAGAAUGCAAAACGCCGCAAUGGCAAAUGACUCAGACAUGUUCCCUGGCAAUAUUGAUGAGCUUUCUGUUCCUACGAAUACACUUUUGCCUUAAGCUCAUCAUCGGAUGCUCGAUAAUGGGAUUCUACACUUGGAACAUCUGGGUAUUCAGAUCCGCCCUGUUUCAGUCAGGCGAAUCGUGGAACCCGCAAUUGGAACCCAGAGUGGCACACAUUCUGAGCGUCGUUUUCCUCACGUUCUCAUUGCACAUAAUCGAUCGUCAGGCAGAGUACCUGAACAGACUUGACUAUCAGUGGAAACGGCAGUUAACAAAAGAACAGGCCGAGGCAUUCCACACGCGAAACGCCAACAAAAUGUUGCUGAGGAACAUCCUUCCGGAACACGUUGCCGAGUUUUACCUGAACACGAAUAGAAACGAGGAGCAGCUUUAUCACAAACCGUACGACACGGUAGCAGUGAUGUUCGCAUCACUGACCGAAUUGUCAAUGGACGAAACGGACCUCACAGAAAAAAACAUCCUGAUUAUCCUGAACCAGAUAAUUUGCGAAUUCGACAAAUUACUAUUCCAGCAGAGUUUCCUGAGAGUAGAGAAAAUCAAAGUGGCAGGAACGACGUACAUGGCAGCCUGCGGUCUGGACGCGGGUCACAGGGAUUCCCUACGAAGUUCAGGAUCGGGAAGCCUGGACGAGGACGGGGAAUCCGACAGUGGUAGAAAGCCUGGAGAGUAUCGACUCUACCACGAACAAGACCACGUCGUCACAGUCAUGACUCGAUUCGCGGCCCAAAUGAUGCACGUCCUCGACGGUAUCAACAGGGAAAAAAUAUCGAAUAUCGAACCGUACAAACUGAGGAUCGGCAUUUCGCACGGAGAAGUGACGGCCGGCGUGGUUGGCUCCCAAAAACCGCUUUACGACAUCUGGGGAGAUGCUGUAAACAUGGCGUCGAGAAUGGACACAACCGGAGUCCCGGGAAAAAUUCAGGUAACGAAGGAAACUGCAGCCUUGUUAGAAGAACAGGGUGUGAAGUGCGAAUUGCGAGGAGACACGUACGUGAAACCAAAGGGUUUGGUAACUACGUAUUUCGUCUCUGUGAACGAGCGUCGACAAAUUCAGAGAUUGGAAUCGAUACAGGAGACAAGAUUGUGAGCAAAACGAAACGCGCGCGCGUAUUAAAUCGCGAUUAACAUUGAAAAGUUGUUUAAAAAAAAAAAAAAAAAAAAAAAAAUUACCGUU